GGAAUUACCUGUUGCACACGCACAUACUCAACUACCCCACCAAGCGCACCACCGCCGCCGGAAUUUCCACCCGUUUCUUGCCGGAGCUUCCCCGGAGAGGCAGCCAUGUACGGAGCUCUGAAUUUCGCCGCUACCCCAGUUGCAGGACCACUUUCGACCCGGAAAGCAGCAGUAUCGAACUCUCGGAGCAGCAGAGUGUUUUUGGUUAGAGCAUCUUCGGAAAACCCCACGGUUUCCACUUCCGUGAGCACGAAAUCAGGGGCUUCGUUUUCGGCGCCGCCCAAUUUCAAGGCGCCGCAGCCCAAGCCUUUCAACGUGAGGGGUGAUAAGUUGUUGGACAUAUUUGGAGCUUCUCUCGCGCUAUUGUUUCGACUCGGCACUGGUGCUCUAGUUUCUGGAUAUUCAGCCUCCUUUGUGGACAAGAAAGAGAUACCACCUGACCAGUAUGCACUUGAAAUUGCUGGUUUCGCGGUGAAAGAGACUUCGAAACUGGGUCCUCGGCCUGAGAAACCAAUUGAGAUAUAUGAAUUUGAAAGCUGCCCCUUUUGUCGGAAGGUAAGGGAAAUUGUUGCAAUUUUGGAUCUUGAUGUCUUGUUCUAUCCUUGCCCAAGAAAUGGCCCAAAUUUUCGUCCUAAGGUUGCUCAGAUGGGUGGAAAGCAACAGUUUCCUUAUAUGGUUGAUCCAAACACUGGAGUUGCAAUGUAUGAAUCAGAUGAGAUAAUAAAGUACCUGGUUGGAAAAUAUGGUGAUGGACAGGUCCCACUUUUACUGUCUCUCGGUCUGCUAACUACUUUAACAGAAGGCUUUGCUAUGAUUGGUAGAAUGGGAAAGGGAUCUUCCUAUACUCCAUCUAAACUUCCACCAAAGCCUCUAGAGAUAUGGGCAUAUGAGCCUUCUCCGUUUUGUAAAAUUGUGCGUGAAGUACUUGUUGAACUAGAGCUGCCUCACAUACUUCACAGCUGUGCUCGUGGCAGCCCCAAACGCCAGUCAUUGUACCAGAGAGUCGGACAUUUCCAGGUUCCGUACUUAGAAGAUCCAAAUACCGGGGUGCAGAUGUUUGAGAGCGCAGAGAUUGUGGAAUAUUUACGUGCAACUUACGCUCUCUAACGAGUUAGGCUUGCUGUAAUCUUUUUCUGUUUUGAUUUCUCCAAGCCACUGCUGUAUAAUAUUUUGGUCUAUCUGGUUUAUCUCUGAAACAACACCUACACUUUCUGAUUCACAUAGCAGGGGAAGCUUGAACUUGCAUUUCACUGGAAAAAUUGUGUCCAUAAAGAAUUUGGGGACUUAUAUAGUAUAAAGUAUAAACCAACAGUGAUCUUAUCAUUUCUGCAUAAAUAAUAUAACAAGAAAGUAUGUCCGUCUGUUCCAUUCA